AAACGCGUCGGAACGAGAGUUAUGUAAGACACGCAACAUCCGACACGCGAGUAACGCGAAUGAUAACUAUCCGUCAGCCUGGGUUGGAUGAUUACAGGUCCGCCCCCACCUUACAGAUGCUCCACUACCUGAGCCCUGCGUCAAAACCCAACAUAAGCGGGGUAGCUGUUUACUUUGCCAAACAUCACUUCAACUUGACUUGUAUUUAUUUACACUGACACACGCCUUUGUUUAUUCGUUCCCAUACCAGUGCUUCAGGUUCUCUGGACGUCGCUUUCACAAUGGGCAAAAAGAAGAUUCUCGUAAGCUAUGGGGUUGAUAUUGAUGCCGUUGCAGGUUGGCUUGGAUCCUACGGAGGAGAGGACUCAACAAGUGAUAUCAGCAGAGGUCUAUGGGCAGGUACUGUCGGUACACAACGUUUGUUGAAGCUCUUCGACAAGUAUGGCAUCAAGGCAACAUGGUUCAUCCCGGGCCACUCCCUUGACACGUUCCCCGAAGACUGUGCUGCAGUCCGCGACGCAGGCCACGAAAUUGGCCUUCACGGCUACUCGCACGAGAACCCAGCCGAUAUGACAUUCGAGCAACAGCGGGAUGUUCUUGACAAGACUUACAAGCAGCUGACAGAGUUUUGCGGCAAGCCCCCUCGAGGCUCGGUAGCGCCGUGGUGGGAGACGUCCCUGGAAGGCACUGACUUGCUCCUCUCCUAUGGCAUCGAGUACGACCACAGCAUGUCUCACGAAGACCAUAAAUGUUAUUGGCUACGGACUGGUGAUGAGUGGACAAAGAUUGACUACUCAAAAAACGCGGUUGACUGGAUGAAGCCACUUACAAGAGGCAAGGAGACAGGCCUUGUAGAGAUCCCUGGGUCAUGGUACAUCGACGAUCUACCGCCAAUGAUGUUCAUAAAGAACAGCGCGAACUCACACGGCUGGGUAAAUCCUCGGGACGUCGAGCAAAUCUGGAUGGACCACUUCGACUUCUUCUAUCGCGAGUAUGAUGAGUUCGUGUUUCCGAUGACGAUCCACCCUGAUGUCAGCGGGCGGCCCCAUGUUGUGCUCAUGCAUGAGCGAAUUAUUGAGCAUAUCAAUAAGCAUGAGGGUGUAGAGUGGGUGACGAUGGAGCAGAUGUGCGAUGAUUUCAAGAAGAACAAUGUGCUGCCGAAGGAUGCGAAGGUGCCAGCGCCGCCUGGUGAAAUUUUAAGGAAGCAGAAAGCAGGCGAGGCGUACUCCUUGGUUGAAUACAAUGGACCGACAAAUUUCAAGUAGUCAUUUCAGCAAGUCUGUAUCAUCACAACAUCCGUCCAAGUACCAUCUCCAUGUUCGCAC